AUGGCUAUCGAAUACGAGGUCAAGGGAAAGGUAGCCCUGGUUACAGGAGCUGGAUCUGGCAUCGGUCUAGCCAUCACUCAGCGUCUCCUUAACGAAGGCUGCUCGGUAAUGAUCGCAGACCUCGCCCUCCGCCCAGAAGCCGAAACCACCAUCGCAAACUUCCCCCAUCCGUCCCCAUCCGCAGACAAGCCCUCAGCCGCCUUCCACAAAACAGAUACGACAAACUGGGCCCAGAUCAAAUCUCUGUGGGCCGCGACCCUCGAAAAGUUCGGCCGCAUCGACAUCGUCGUCAACAACGCCGGCAUCUUUGAGCCGCCCUGGUCGUCCUUCUGGAACCCGCCCGGCGUCUCCCCCGAAUCAAAGGAUGAUGCAGACGCCGAGGUGGGAUCGUACCAUAUCUUCAACGUCAAUACCAUCGGCCCCAUCCGGCUUGCACAGAUCGCCAUCGACUACUGGCUUCAAAAUCGCGAGGUCAAGGGGAAUCUGCUCUGGGUGUCGAGUAUGGGCGGCUAUAUCCACUCCAUCCAGACGCCGUUUUACUUUGCCAGCAAGGCAGCUGUCCUCAGCGUUGUCAAGUCGCUUCAGGGGUUGAAGAAGUUGGUGGGGAUCAGGAACUCCGUCAUCUGUCCCGGACCUACGAGGACGCCCCUCUUUGACCAAGAAUUCUGCCGCGACCGCUUGCCAGCUGAAGACCUCGCUCUGUCGUCCGAUGACCUUGCCAACGCGAUGUUCUCGCUGCUGACGGAGGAACAGUACGGCAACGGCAACGUGCUCGAGAUCAUGAUGGUUGGUAGCAAGGAGGAACCUAAGAUUCAUACUAAGGAGGUGCAGUUGGAGGCUCUGUACCCGACGGCUAGCCCCAUGGGUGCUGGAACUAAGGCUAUGGAGGCGGAGCUCAACUUUAUGGGGAUGAUUGCUGAGAAGGGAAUGCGGUCUAGUUGCUAA